GCCAAACGGAGUGUGAAGAGGCCCGGAUUCUAAACGUUUAUCAAAUCCCAUUUUUAAGGGUCAUAUUUGUAAACACAGACACACACAAGCUUUCCUCAAAUCUCAAAUCCCUAACCCUCGUUUUCUUCUUUCUCCCCUUUCUUCCGCUCCGAAUCUCAAAAUGAGAGAAAUCAUCAGCAUUCACAUCGGUCAGGCCGGGAUCCAGGUCGGAAACUCCUGCUGGGAACUCUACUGUCUCGAACAUGGCAUUCAGCCCGAUGGCAUGAUGCCAAGUGACUCCUCCUUCGGAGUCGCACACGACGCCUUCAACACCUUCUUCAGCGAAACCGGAUCCGGCAAGCAUGUCCCGCGCGCUGUCUUUGUCGAUCUUGAACCCACUGUCAUCGACGAAGUCCGAUGCGGACCAUACCGCCAACUCUUCCACCCUGAACAACUCAUCUCCGGCAAGGAAGACGCCGCCAACAACUUCGCCAGAGGCCACUACACCGUUGGCAAAGAGAUCGUAGAUCUGUGCCUCGACCGUGUCCGCAAGCUCGCCGACAACUGUACCGGUCUCCAGGGAUUCCUCGUCUUCAAUGCCGUCGGCGGAGGAACCGGUUCCGGUCUUGGAUCCCUCCUGUUGGAGCGUCUCUCCGUGGAUUACGGCAAAAAGUCUAAACUAGGGUUCACCAUUUACCCUUCCCCUCAGGUUUCAACCGCCGUUGUUGAACCCUACAACAGCGUCCUCUCCACCCACUCUCUCCUGGAGCACACCGACGUUGCUGUCCUGUUGGACAAUGAAGCCAUCUAUGACAUCUGCAGGAGAUCCCUCGACAUCGAGAGACCUACCUACACCAACUUGAACCGUCUCAUCUCUCAGAUCAUUUCUUCCUUGACCACCUCCCUCAGGUUCGAUGGUGCCAUCAAUGUCGACAUCACUGAGUUCCAGACCAAUCUUGUGCCUUACCCUCGCAUCCAUUUCAUGCUCUCGUCUUAUGCCCCGGUUAUCUCUGCUGCCAAGGCCUACCAUGAGCAAUUGUCUGUGCCCGAGAUCACCAAUGCCGUGUUUGAGCCUGCCAGCAUGAUGGCCAAGUGUGAUCCCAGACACGGGAAGUACAUGGCUUGCUGCUUGAUGUACCGUGGUGAUGUUGUUCCCAAGGAUGUCAACGCUGCUGUUGCCACCAUUAAGACUAAGAGGACUGUGCAGUUUGUCGAUUGGUGUCCUACUGGAUUCAAGUGUGGUAUCAACUACCAACCUCCUUCUGUUGUUCCUGGUGGUGACCUUGCUAAGGUGCAGCGCGCUGUAUGCAUGAUCAGCAACAACACUGCGGUUGCUGAGGUGUUCUCUCGCAUUGAUCACAAGUUUGAUCUGAUGUACGCGAAGAGGGCCUUUGUGCACUGGUAUGUUGGUGAGGGUAUGGAGGAAGGUGAGUUCUCUGAGGCUCGUGAGGAUCUGGCUGCUCUUGAGAAGGACUAUGAGGAGGUUGGGGCUGAAGGAGCGGAUGAUGACGAGGAACCGGAGGAUUAUUGAUAAUUUAAGGUGUUACGACUGUAAUUGUUUCGAGUAAAAGGGUAUAUGCUUCGUUACAUUGCCCUGCACCCGUACUGUUCGUUCUUUUUUGUUUUUAUUCCUGUGUGAUAUAGUUCAUUCAAACUGUGAAGUGGUCGAUCGUCAUUGCGCUUCUAUUUGGUGAUUUAGGAUUCUGUUGUUUGAGACAUCAAUCAUGUAUUCAGAUCUGCCAUGUCAAAAUUUGAUUUCUUAUGUUUCUGCUCGCUA